AUGGAGAUUCCAGAAGGUGACCACAACCCCUUAGACAUACCGGAAGGUGGUCGUAAGGAUGAAGGCUCCUUUUAUGAUGCUGGAGCUGUAAAUCACAUGGUGUGUCAUGGAUUGGAAGAGAGGAACAACACUGCACUUCAGUGGAGGAAGAGAGUUGAAGGGCAGCAAACACGAGACACUCUGGAGAAAGAAGUGGUUAUGGGUUGGAAUUCUUUGUCCAUCUAUAAUGAAAUAGAUAUGGAUUGGAUUCUCCACCAAUCCAUGAUAUUUAUUACGAUGACGCUUAUGAUGAUAAUAAACUCAUCAACAGUGACAGUGAUUGCAGUGACGUUGUCAUCAAUGAUGACCUCAUUGAAAAGUGAUAUUAUCACAAAUUUAGAAUUGCUCAAGGAUUAUAUGGAUACAACACAUGUUGAUGAAGCAAGUUUGAGGUUUGCAAUUCAUUGCUCCAGAAGUCAAUGGAAGAGAAAUAAGUUGCUAAUUGAUUUUUCUUAUGCAAAAUUUAACAUGGAGGAACUGAUGCUGGUAUCUAGAAUUGUUAUAGACCUGAACUGA